AUGGUUUCAUGUGACGAAGGACAUGAAAUACAAGGUGAAACUGUAAUAAUUUGUCAACCAAGUGAGGAAUGGACAGAUAACCCCUCGUGUAUCAUCAAAGAUUGUGGUAUACCAAAUCCAGUCAAUGCAGAAGCGACACUUUCCGGGAAUAAAACAACAUACGAAGAAACUGCUGUUGUUUCUUGUUACGAUGGGUAUCAACCAGGUGGUAGUUAUAUUGUUUCCUGCUUAGCUAAUGGUACUUGGGAAACCUGGCCUGAAUGCACAGUAGUUGAUUGCGGGGACCCAGCACCCAAGAAAGGAAAAUCAAAUGUCACAGUGUUCACUUAUGGCACUAUUGCCAAAAUUGAGUGUGAACCAGGUUUCAACAUAUCUGGGGAUUCCGUGAUUACUUGUCAGUCUGAUGGAACAUGGAGUGAUAAUCCAGUUUGCGAUACAUCGGACUGUGGCGUAUUGGCUGUACCUAAUGGCGAGGUUGAUGAUUCAUUUGGCACAACUAUUGGUUCAAACGUAAGCGUGACUUGCAACUUGGGUUACAAAUUGAUUGGUCCGAGUCAAAUAACUUGUACACAAAAAGGCUGGAAUGAAACUGUUGCGUGUGAGAUUGAAGAUUGUGGAAACGUAUCCUUAGCAAAUGGAGAAGUAAUAUUUAAAUCUCAAAGUACUUUGUUUGGAGACAUUGUGGACGUGUCAUGUGACACAGGAUAUAACUUAAAUAGCAGCAAUGUGAUAACUUGCUUAUCAAAUGGGCAAUGGAGUGAAACUCCUUAUUGCAAUAUUGUUUAUUGUAAUGAUUUGGGACAGCCUGACAACGGUGCAAUGAAUGCCACGAACGGUACAACAUUUAACUCCAGAGUCAGGUUCAGAUGUAACACCGAUUUCCUUCUUGUUGGUAGCGAAACUAUCGUCUGUAAAAGUGAUGGAAAAUGGAGUGGUGAUACACCACAUUGUGCAGAAAAAUCACCAAAUGGUGGACACUGUACUUCAAGCGAGUAUUGUUUACUAGAAGGAUCUGUAUGUGAAAAUAGCGUAUGUGUUUGUAAAACUGACAUCUUCGAUACAAUAAGCAAGAAAUGUGAUAUAAUGCCCCUUCUUCCAUACGGGAGCAAUGCUGCAGACAUACAACUGAAGACAACAGAUGAUUGUGGGCCUCGGAUAGCUUUUAAUCCUGGCAUACCAGUCUUCGAAAAGACCCAUAAAACUUUAUACGUUUGCUCCCACGGAAUCGUCAGUUUUGACAAUGCAUAUAUUGGCAAACAUCCUGCAAAAAAGGACAAAAUAUUAUCAGAUCUCGAAGGUCAAGACGUUUUGGCUCCGUUUCACGCGCCGUUUAGGUUGAAGCAAUCUGGGGGAGUUUACUUCAGGACAUAUGACAUUUUGAAAUCUUAUUCUAACAUAGAAACAGACGAGUCUGUAAAAUAUAUUGACAAAAUUAUUAAAAAAUUAGGAGGAAUUGACAACUUUAAAUCAAAAUUUGCUUUAAUUGCGACAUGGCACGAAGUUAAGCCGCAGAGGAGACAAUUUGACAGAGAAAAGACAUCAACAUUCCAGUUUAGUAUUGGCUACAGAUGGAAGUCAUACUUUUACGUUUUAUAUAUACGGACAUGAUCAGAUACAAUGGACAACAUCUCGAUCAAAA